CUGACCUUCCAUCUCUCUGACCUUCACUGGCCUGAUCCUGCUGGUCCAGCUUCACCAUGUCCUCUGUGAUCGCUCUGCCUCCGGGGUGCCCMGUCAGACCUCCCAAAAAGAGGGCCAGGUCCCAGAAGAGGACCGUGUCAGCCCUGAUCCUGAAGGCUGUGUCCGGGUCCGCACAGCGCGGCGGAGUGUCCCUGGCAGCCCUGAAGAAGGUUCUGAAAGCCGGAGGGUACGAUGUGGUGAAAAACAAAGCCAGGAUCAUCGUUGCCAUCAGGCGUUUGGUGAACAAGAAGUCUUUGGUCCAGACCAAAGGUAGCGGGGCGUCUGGCUCCUUCAAGCUGAACAAAAAGCCUCCGAAAUCCCGUAAGAGGAGGGUGGUGAGAAAGAAGAAGCCAAAGAAGGCCAAAAAGGCCAAGAGGGUCAAGAAAGCAGCUGGAAAAGCCAAGAAGGCACCGAAGAGGAGGAGGAAGGCAAAGAGCGCCAAGAAAGCCAAGAAACCUGCAGCCAAAAAGACCAAGAAGGCAAAGAGACCCAGGAAGACCAAGGCCAAGUCCACCAGAACCAAGGCUGCUGCCAAAAAGUGAAGGCUGCUCCUGGAACCCAGAGACCUUUCUUCAACCUGUCUGUGUGGACUAAGAUGCUUUUGAUUCAAUGAAUUUGCUUCAUCUACUUUUUAUUCUACAUUUUAUGAAAUACUAAACUUGCUCUUUUACCUCCUUCUGUGUUACCUUAUCUCCUGUUUCCUUUCUCUUUUAUCUUUUAUGGUAAAAGUUUUAUCUCAUGCUCUGAUUUGUAAUAGACUAAAAUGCACUGUUGGAAAUAAAAACAUAUAUUUACAUACUAUAAAAA